AUGUCGGACGAGACAAGUGAAGCCGCUUGGCGCGGUCUUGCCGAUGCGUACAGGCAGAUCGCAGGCUUUUCUGGAUUCGAUUCCACGAAGCAGGUGUUUCUGAUCGCUCCCGGGAAUAUGACCGCAUUUCCCGGAUACAAUGUUCCCAAAGGCACCAUUUUCAGCAGCGUCCCGCCCUUCACAUCAACAGCUGACACUGACUCGGUUGCUGCCGCAAUCAACCAAGGAGUGGGAGAUCUAGGAGACACGAUCCCGAACACAUCAUCUCCAUUCUAUGCUCCAACAGCCAACAGCCGCUACACUAGCUAUGGCGCCUUUCUCAGUCAUGUGGACCCUGGUGCUCCAGCAAACCCGGCCGCGUACCAAAAGUACCUGACAGACAAGCCGACCUAUGACACGGCCUGGGGCGCGUAUCUGGUCGAGAAGUCCAAAGCCAACAUCGCCUGGGCCCAGCUCGACGCAGCUACACAAAAGCUUUACAACAACAAUCAGGCCACAUGGGAGACAACGGCCUAUGUCAACCAGGUACCCCUCCUGCUUGCUGCGAAUAAUUACCAGCAAGUGAGCGCCUGGUUUUUCCCCGAGCAGGCCAUCGCACUCGGCAAAGAUGCAAUGACCCUGGAGGGCUACCGGGAGGCUUGGAUGGCUGCGCAGCCCCCAAUGCCCGGUGUCCAGAGGGGAAGUGUCCAAGGAGCCACCAUGCUGACGGCGAGCACCGGUUGGCAGCCACAGUAUGCCAUUGAUACACAGGCAUGGAUCACAACUUGGAACACGUGGCAAGGCACGACAGCAGCAAUCGCGAACCGCCCUAGCGAUCCGUGGACUCCCGCUGUCUCCAGGACACUGUCGAUGAACACCUCAGGUAGCAACUUCUGGCAACAGCUCGGCUAUGACUCGACCAAUGCCAGUGGGGAGGUCCGCGUUCCUGAACCAUGGCUCUUUUUUGGCGAGGGAUCAUGGUCGUCAACUACGCAGAAGCAGACCAUGUAUCAGCAGAACAACGCCGUCGUCACCAACGUCACACUCAACACCUGUGUCAAACCCGCUACUGUCUCUAUCAAGGCUGGUUCAUGGUCCAUCGGUGACCCAGGCACCCAGUUUUCCAAUGCUGAUGACACGGCAAGGAAGAAUCUGUAUCCACAUGUCACGGCGGCUUCGCUCGUGUUUGGUGUGAGCUUCACUGUCAACUUCGAUCACUGGACUUACCAGAAUGUCAAGAGCGUGAUCACCUCGAAGAGCACAGCAAAAGCAGUAUUUUCCAUCUUCGGGCUCGCCUUUGUCCGGGGAUCCACGUCCUCGACUUCCACCCAGAGCUUUGAAAGUAUUCAAAUGAAUGAUACCAACAUGUCCAUAACGACUCAGCCUGAUCUAAGCGGUGCACCAACACUACUAGGCGUCCUUGCCAUCAAGUCAUCGAACACCGCAGGCAUGCUUGGACACUCGCUUUCGAACCUCUCGCCAAACUCCGUUUCCUACCUCCGGCAGAAGGCAAUCCAAGCGGCCGAGGAAGACGCUGCGGAGGACCGAGACACACCGGAUGAUGGGAAGCCCGCCCCACCAGGGGAGUCGAACGGUCUCGAAGACGGGAACUCCAAGGGCGACGAGAAUGGACAAUCCAAUGGACACCUGAUGCAGCCCCUGCCUGAUAAUCCAAACCUAAGUACCAUGGCAAUCGAGUCUUCCAUGAAGUAUCUCCUGUUUCCCGAUUUCAUAAGCCCCGGAACGCUCACGUCGGAGUCGAAGGACCUGACAUUCAGCGGGGGAGUCGUGAUCAUCACAUUCCACCUGCUCGACGGCACCACAGACCAGAACGGGAACCCAAGAAUGAUACUGUGCCCUCCGAGUUUCGUCACCGCAUGCACUGUUGCGCUUCUCAACCACCGGGAUCCGCAGGUGUUCUUCAACCCCGUCAACCAGAGCGCGACUUUCUUCCAGGGGGCGGGCGGGACAUAUCGCGUGAGGAUGACGGCGACCACGGCUGCGAGUUGGCGGAGGCAGCAGCUUGUGGCUCUUGUCUCUCAGGCAUGA